AUGGCCGACUUCAUCGCCGGAGCCCUGGGAGGGGCGUGUGGGGUGAUGGUCGGAUACCCUCUGGACACAGUCAAGGUCCGGAUCCAGACUCAGGGACAGUACCGGGGGAUCUGGCAUUGUAUCCAUUCAACUUAUACAGCGGAGAAAGUUUCUGGCUUUUUCCGAGGAAUGUCCAUGCCCAUCUCCACCGUCUCCCUCAGUUCCGCCAUCGUUUUCGGGGCGUACAGGAAUUGUCUUCACCGCCUCUGUGAGCUGAAAUAUGGGACAGCAAAUGUCAGACCCACCAAGGUGGACAUCUUCCUCUCAGGAUACGUGGCAGGAGGAGCGCAGGUGUUGGUGUCGUCUCCGGCUGACGUGGCGAAGGUCCGCCUCCAGACACAGAUGUGGCCCCAACAUUCCGGCCCCUGCGCUGUCCUGGCUCCGCCCAGAUACACGGGACCGGUGCACUGCCUGCUGACCAUCGCCCGGGAGGAGGGGCUCUGCGGGUUGUAUAGAGGAAGCUUCGCUCUGAUGUUCCGCGACUGUCACUCCUUCGCCACCUACUUCCUGUGUUACUCCGCCUUCCGCGAAUGGCUCCUCCCACCCCAGCAGGAUGGCUCCGGUACAUCGCCCCGCCCCCGAGGAAUCCAAAUUCAGACAUUCAGAGAUUCUGAAUAA